AUGUUCGGCUGUGGAUUUUCUUCAAUAUCAACACCAUUAUGUUCACAAUCGAUGAUGUGUUCAUACAAUAUGCCUGUAACGGUACCGACACCAGUAUAUGUACCAGUACCAAUAAAUCGUCCAUGUGCAGUACCUGUUCCUGUUCCUGUACCUGUUCCUGUAGCAACAUCUAUGCCAAUAUGUCAAAAAUAUCAAUGUCAGCCAACUGAAGUAUGUUAUAAAAGUCCAUCUUGUUGUCGAGUAGAAUAUGUUAUUGAAGAACCUAUAUGUAUAAAACGUCGUCGUCGACGACGACGUCGAUCUCGAUCAUAUUCUCGUAGUCGAGCUCCUUUACCACCUAUUAUUAUUCCAAUACCAAUGCAAGCACCAGCAGUUGCACCACAACAGCAACCACCACAGCAACCACCACUUCAAGUUAUCCAAUAUGUUCAAGAUAUUUAUCUACCUCCACAAGUUUUUACUGAACAAGUACCUAUAGGUUAUACAACUAAAAAUACAACAAUUCAACAACCGGGUCUUAUUCAAAAUCAAGGAACAUUAAUCAAUUGUCAACCGGGCAUUAUUUUACCUUCAGCAUCAUCGUCACAAGCACAACCAUAUAUUGUACAAAAAUUACCUAGUGGUCAAUUAGUUCAACGACAACUUAGUGUUGGUGGUGGUAGUGGCGUUCAAACAGUAUUUUUAUAA